AUGGCAUCACCCACACCUCCGAGCCCGAAUCCGCCAGUCAACAAGCCUGGUGCCUACGACACUUCUCUGCGCAACCGGCUCGCAGCGGUGCUGCCGCAGGGCCAUCGGUUCGGCAUUCACCACGUCUCGACGCCGCCGACUCGAACUGAGCCACUGUGUCCAGCCCCACCAGGCGAGCGACCUGACAAGACGUAUCGCGAGAGUCACUUUCUCGCCGUCUCUAUCCAUCCCAACGCUCCUACCAUUUCGUUGAAGCGCGCAUCGCCCGGCACCGACGACAUCAAGCAACCUCCUCCACGCCUUCCUCUCCUCGCCUUCGCCAUCGAGGUCUUCAUCUUCACUACCGCCUAUCAAACCAUCCUGUUCGUCUCCAAGACCGACUCGACUGGCUACUUGCAUCUGCUCGGCCUGCCCAAGGGUGCGCCAUCGCCCAUCCGCCAAGUCUGCGCCACCUUUCUCGCCUACCUGCUCGACCAUCGCAAGCGCCCCAAUGUGCAGUCCAUCGUCAACCUCUUUGCCCGCGCCCAGGACCAAUAUCUCUUUCCCGGCAGCAUCCGCAAUGCCGGUAAGCAUGUUCUCGAUGACUGGGGUCUCGUUCGUUGGUGGUGUCGUGUCCUCAAUCCCCUCAUGGAGGGCUUGUCUUGCGAGAAGUGGGCAAACACAAAGGGAUACUUGAUCGUGCCUGGUCUGGAAGAGACCGAAACGCGGUCGUUUCUGCCCCGCACACCGUCCAGCCUGGUAAACUGGACCGUCGGUCACCCACUUGAAAAGAUUUCUCGCUAUGUCCGCGACUUCGGCCGAGUCCCUCCGCGCUGUCUGAUCCCCGGCUACCCCGACGACCCUAAGAGCCGCUUCCGCGAUGAGCUUGACGAGGAGGUCUCGCCCAGAAAACAUAGCAUUGGGGCUUGGAAGAGCGUCAAGACACUGGAUCAAUUUUGGGAGAUGAUGGCAUUUCGCCAGGAGUGCUCCAGCGGCCGUUUAACCGGCUUUAUUUGGCUUGUCUUUGAUUCAGCCGCUUCCGCUGACGUUCAUCCACAGCCCCAGCCAUUGCCGGAGUCCAGUAGUGCAGCGAAGUAUAAGGCCAGGAGAAAGAAAAAAAAGAAGUUGAGCGGUCCCAUAAAGCCCCGCGAGCCGCGCAUCAAGACCGUCCUCCGAAACGGCCUGCUUGACCGCCCGACCCUUACCGCAUAUUAUUACUGGCCGUCUGAGGGCCGUGGCGACCGUGUCGUCGACGAGGCCGAGUACAAGCGCAUCAUCGAGCUGCUGCUCCAUCUCGACUUUUCCACGCUCGACAAGGCCCUCGGCAGCUCUCGUCGCUGGAUCCACGAGCUCGGUGCCCCUGAGGUCGAGGUCAUUGGCCGCGCAACUGCGCCCGAAAAGACAGAAAUCCAUGCAGCAGGCAUCACAAAUCUGACAGGACUCGUGCGGAGGAUGAAUUCUAAGCCGUCCGACGCCCAGCUGCAGCCGCGAGUAAACGUUCUUGGCGCGAACCUGGUGCGCAAGAAGAAAAAAGAGGAGAGUGCGUCCAGCAGUUAG